AUGUCCGGGGUGGAGGAGGCUUUCCGCAAGUUUGCGACCUACGGUGACACGGCCGCCAGUGGCAAUGACAUGACAGGGAAGAACUUCUCCAAGAUGUGCAAGGAGUGUGGCGUCAUGGACGGCAAGGCUGUGACCAGCACUGACGUCGACAUCGUUUUCAACAAAGUCAAGACCAAGGGCGCCCGCACCAUCACCUUCGCGCAGUUCCAGCAGGCCAUGAAGGAGCUCUGUGGCAAGCGCUUCAAGGGCAAGGCACCUGAGGAGGCGCUGGAGGCCGUCUACGGCCUCCUGGACGGCAAGGAGCCUGCCAACGUGGGCGUUACGAAAGCCACCAAGGCCGGCGCGGUGGAGCGGCUGACGGACACGAGCAAGUACACCGGCAGCCACAAGGAGCGCUUUGACGAGAGCGGCAAGGGGAAGGGGCUGGCGGGCCGCGAGGAACUCACCGACAACCGCGGUUACGUGGGUGCCUACAAAGGCGCCGGCACCUACGACAAGACGCACUAG